AUGUUCAAAUACGUAACAGUUUUAAAUAAAAAUAAUAAUUUAAAUAAAUUAUUAUUAAAUUCAAUUUCAAAAGGUAAUACCUUAAAUAGUAAUAAUGGAUUAGCUUCAACCAGUAUUUCAAUUAAUAGUUCAAUUAGAAGUUUUUCAUCAUUCUCAUCAAGUAAAGUAAUGCUCGAUAAAAGAAGUGAAAAGCCUCAAAAUCCACUUUACCAUAGAAAUUCAACAUUGUAUUCCUUUACUCCACGUGAUGUUUUAAUUAAAAUUGAAAAAGAUUUCGUAAUGCCACCAUCCUAUGAAGCUAAAAGUUUAUCUGAUAACUUUGCAAAAUUCUCUGUUUUAUUUUUAAGAAAAUUUUCAAAUUUAUUCUUUAAAGAAAAGUUUUUACAUUAUGCAAUUGUUUUAGAAACUGUUGCUGCUGUUCCAGGUUUAGUUGCUGGUAUGUUUUUACAUUUAAAAACAUUAAGAAAUAUGCAAAGUAAUAAUUGGAUUAAAAUAUUAAUGGAUGAAAUGGAGAAUGAGAGAAUGCAUCUUUUAUCAUUUAUGGAGCUUACCAAACCAACAUUACUUGAAAGAGGUAUGGUAGCAGUUACUCAAGCAAUUUAUUGGAAUUUAUUCUUGGUAUUUUAUGUAUUAUCACCAAAGACAGCACAUCGUUUCACAGGUUAUCUUGAAGAACAAGCAGUAGUUACCUAUACUCAUAUGUUGGAAGAUAUUGAUUCUGGUAAAGUUCCAAAUUAUAAAGCUCCACAAAUCGCCAUUGAAUAUUGGGGUCUUCCAGAAGACGCAACUUUAAGAGACUUAAUCUUGGUAAUUAGACAAGACGAAUCCGAUCAUCGUUUAGUUAACCAUGAAAUUAGUAAUAAGAUUGUCCUCAAUAAUAAUGAACCAAUCAUUUUAGAAAAUCAUUUCCAUAAACCAACAAUCAUUAAUCCAGUUGGUGAAGAAGAAAUUAAAGAACAUUCCCAAGAAGGUAUUAGAAUUGAGAAAAAAAUAAAUCCAACUUCAGAACUUUAA